AUGUGUUGUGUGCCGAGAGCAGUUGCUCCCUUUUUAAUUGUUUUGCAGAGACUGACGAGGAGGGAGGAGGGGGAAGGGGAGAGGAGUGGUGGGGGUGAAGGAAGGAGACUGAUGUUGGACGUAAGUGGGCGGGGGCAGGCUUCCCAUUGGCCGUUACCAUGGCGACGGCCAGAUUAUGGCCGCCGUUCUCGAACCAAUAAAUCACCAGCCUGUCUCUCCAGCCCCUUCUCCUCCCCUCUUACCCCUCCCUACCCUCCUUUCCUCUUUCACCCUUAA